GCAAUUAUUCUUUUGGACGUAAUUUUUAAAAUAUACCCACAAAAGUGGCACCGUUGAAUAGAGUAAGUGCUUGACAGUUUAAGAAGAUCUGUUUAUUGAAACCUCGAGUUCGCGUGGCACUUACAGGUGGACGAUUUUGAAGCGCUGCAAAAGAAGGAAUAGCACGUUCCAAGACCGUGUGGAUCAAUCCCAUCCAACCGAAAUAAAACCUACUCUACGUACUGUACUGACAAAGCAUACUGUACUGACUUUGCGUGGCAGAUUGUUUUUUUUAAGGUACAUGAGACUAGAAACUGGAAGGACACAAACGCUGUUCAAAAGUGUCGGGAAGAAAGUCCGUGCCCCUGCCCGCCCUUGCCGUUGUUGCGGGAUCUGGGAUCCGGUGCCUCGUAAAGGCCCCCUCCCCACUCCAUCCGCGGUCGAGAUUAGGGAAUAACCCCUGGCAUGUGCGAUCGCUUGCAGGUGUAAACCCAGCCGAAACCCGCCAGGAAGCACAUGACCUAGUGAGACCACCUGUUUCCCACGAAGGAGUUCUUCAGGAAAGACAGCGUAGGGUCGGCAGCAGGGGAAUUGAGGAGUGACGCCGAGAGUUAGAGAGCGACUGCUGUGGCCUGUGGCCCACGAAGCCCCUGCACCGCCAUGUCGGGCCACUGCCCCUGCCCCCGUUCCACCUGUCUCCCUGCCUUCCUCCUGCUCCUCCUCCUUGCCCUGCUGGAGCUCGCCCACCUUGCCUGGGCUGGCCCACCUGGCCACACCCCCAAAGUGGCACUAGGCAACUGCUCGGAGGGCAGUAGCUGUGCUGUGGGUGUGGUCCUACCUGUGUGGAACCCGCAGAACCCCUCAGUGGGCGACAAGGUAGCACGCGCCAUUGUCUACUUUGUGGCGCUCAUCUACAUGUUCCUAGGUAUGUCCAUCAUUGCCGACCGCUUCAUGUCAUCCAUCGAGGUCAUCACCUCGCAGGAGAAGGAGAUCACCAUCAAGAAGCCCAACGGUGAGACCACAACAGCCACCGUGCGCAUCUGGAAUGAGACGGUGUCCAACCUGACACUCAUGGCGCUAGGCUCCUCAGCGCCUGAGAUUCUGCUGUCCGUCAUCGAGGUGUGUGGCCACCGCUUUGAGGCAGGUGUCCUGGGCCCCAGUACCAUUGUGGGCAGCGCUGCUUUCAACAUGUUUGUCAUCAUCGCCAUCUGUGUCUAUGUGGUGCCCGACGGUGAGGCGCGAAAGAUCAAGCACCUGCGUGUCUUCUUUGUCACUGCCGCCUGGAGCCUGUUUGCGUACAUCUGGCUAUACCUGAUCCUGUCAGUCUUCUCGCCGGGCGUGGUGGAGGUGUGGGAGGCUGUGCUCACCUUCCUUUUCUUCCCACUGUGUGUGGUGCAGGCCUGGAUCGCCGACCGCCGCCUGCUCUUCUAUAAGUAUGUGCAGCGCCGCUACCGUGCUGACAAGAGCCGCGGCAUCAUCAUCGAGACAGAGGGUGAUGGCUCAGCUGGCUUCACCAAGGUGGACUUGGAGAUGGACGGGCGGGGUGCCAACUCACACCACAGGGAAGUGCUGGACGGCGUGCUGCCUGGCACAGAGGAAGGUGGCAGUGGCAAUGGGGGGCGGGACCUGGAGGAUGAGGCACGAAGGGAGAUGGCGCGCACACUGAAGGAGCUGAAGCAGAGGCACCCAGAGAAGGACAUGGAGCAGCUGAUUGAGAUGGCCAACUACCAGGUGCUGGUGCAGCAGCAGAAGAGCCGUGCCUUCUACCGCAUUCAAGCUACACGCAUGAUGAUCGGUGCUGGCAACAUCCUGAAGAAGCAUGCCGCUGACCAGGCACGCAAGGUGGUGAGCUGCCACGAGGCACGUGCACAGGAGGACGACCCCAGCACUGUGCGGCUGGAGUUCCAGCCCUCGCACUACCAGUGCUUCGAGAACUGCGGCUCCCUCAAACUGGCUGUGGCACGGCGCGGCGGUGACCCCGGGUGUACUGUCAAGGUGGACUACCGCACAGAGGAUGGAACAGCCAAUGCCGGGUCAGACUACGAGUUUGCUGAGGGCACGCUGAUCUUCAAGCCUGGUGAAAUGCUCAAGGAACUGACGGUGGGCAUCAUUGAUGACGACAUCUUUGAGGAAGAUGAGUACUUCUAUGUGCACCUGAGCAACCCGCGCAUGGCUGGCGGCCCCACCUUCCACGCCGUCAGCCCUGCCUCCCCAGGGGCAGCUCCCAAGGCUGUUCUGGGCGAGACGCACACAGCCACCGUCACCAUCUACGAUGACGACCACGCAGGAAUCUUUACAUUCGAAAAUGGGGCGACACGUGUGAGUGAGAGCAUAGGCACCAUGCAGGUGAAGGUGCAGCGCACCUCGGGUGCACGCGGCCUGGUGGCCAUCCCCUACCGCACUAUUGACGGCAGUGCCAAGGGGGGCGAGGACUACGAGCAGGUGUCUGGCAAGCUGGAGUUCCUCAACGAUGAGACCAUGAAAGUGAUUGAGGUGAAGAUCAUUGAUGAUGAGGAGUAUGAGAAGAACAAGACCUUCACCAUUGAGCUGGGAGAGCCCGUGCUGCUGGAGAUUGGACAGAAACACGGUGAUUCUAAUGAGAACAAGCCAGUGAUGGGUGCUGAGGAUGAGGAGGUAGCCAAGAUGGGCUGCCCCAGUCUGGGAGAACACACCAGGCUGGAAGUGGUGAUAGAGGAGUCCUAUGAGUUUAAGAGCACAGUGGACAAGCUGAUUAAGAAGACUAACCUGGCGCUGGUGGUUGGGAGCAGCAGCUGGAGGGAACAGUUUGUCAGUGCUGUCACUGUCAGUGCAGGUGACGAUGAUGAGGAGGAGAGUGGGGAGGAGCGCCUGCCUUCCUGCUUCGACUAUAUCAUGCACUUCCUGACGGUGUUCUGGAAGGUUCUGUUUGCCUUUGUGCCGCCCACUGAAUACUGGAAUGGCUGGGCCUGCUUCAUGGUGUCCAUUUCCCUCAUUGGGAUUUUGACGGCUGUCACCGGGGACCUGGCGUCUCACUUCGGCUGCACCGUGGGCCUCAAGGACUCUGUCACCGCUGUGGUGUUCGUGGCCCUUGGCACCUCAGUACCAGACACUUUCGCCAGCAAGGUGGCGGCCAUCCAGGACCAGUAUGCUGAUGCCUCAAUCGGCAAUGUGACAGGCAGCAAUGCUGUCAAUGUGUUCCUGGGUAUCGGCGUGGCGUGGACCAUUGCGGCGGUGUACUGGCGGAGCAAGGGCAAGGCGUUCCACGUGGACCCAGGCUCACUGGCCUUCUCCGUCACCCUCUUCACCAUCCUAGCACUGGUGUGCGUGUCGGUGCUGCUGUACCGCCGGCGGCCCUCGGUGGCAGGUGGUGAGCUGGGUGGCCCUCGGACUGCCAAGGUGAUCACUUCCCUCCUCUUCAUCUCCCUCUGGCUGCUCUACAUCCUGCUGGCCUCACUUGAGGCCUACUGUCAUGUGCCGGGGUUCUGAGGAGAUCUCUGCGCUUCCGAUCUCUGUGCCCCCACAGGUCUCCCAGAAACUGAAAAAAAUGAACCCCUCAAGGAAUCCCCGACUAUCCCCUUCCCCACCCCUCCCUCCCUCAGCCCCUUGCCAGUCUUUUCAGACAUGUGUUAGUCAGUGUUCUUAUUAGGGGUAAUAUAUAAUAUGCCAGUGCGCACCCCCUACCCAGACACGCUGUGCACUCAGGAGAAUCUGUCCAUCCAGGACUGGUGGAGGAGAGGGAGGGUGGCAGGGUGGUUUUUUUCAGUGCUGGGUUUGUAUGCUAUCCAUGCCUGCUUCUCGACAUUGAGUGUUUCUCUGGCUCUCCAUCAUCCUCUAUUCCCUGCUUCUUGAGUUUUUUUCUUUCCCUGUUGUGUUUUCUCUCCUGCCUGGUGAGGAGUGCAAUGCCCGCCCUGUUCUUCCCCUCCUAAAAUGAACCCUCAUUAUCUGUUCCCCUUUGCUCACAUCACACGCUCCCUGUUGCUGUGAAAAUAUGAAGUGAUGACCAUGUGAGAAGGACACAGUGGGUGGGAAAGUGACACUGAGGACGGAAGGAGGAGGAGUCAUGCAUGAGAAGACAACAGUGCUUUGGGCCUGGGCAUGCUCCAUGCACAA